AUGUUUGCAGCACGAGUUAUUGGCCAACAGGCCCGGAGUCUCCCCAAGUGGACUCGAUUUCGUUGUGUUUCCACGCUAGAAGGAAACCCGUACAUUUACGUGUUUCCAAAUGCUGGACCGACAGCAGGAUCGCACAUAUUAUCACUGUUGCCCUCGGAGCCAGUGAACCCAGACCUAGCCAUUGGGCUGUCCAGUCAACUGCCACCGACAACAGACUCCUUCAGGGAAAACCCCAAGUUCUUGGAAAUAGUCCAGGAGGUAUGCUCGGAGCAUGCGCAUGAAGACCCCGAUGCCCAGUCCCAAGCUCAAGUUAUGGUUUCCAUGGCUGGUGCGAACCUGAACUCAGGCGGCGUGUUAUUGGCCGGCAAUCGUCGGCGAGGAACGAGACGUCGUGGGGAGGCCGGUGAUUCUAACAGUGGUGCUAGUGGCCAGGGCGGAGCUGGAUCUGGUGGCCGUGGUGGUUGGAUCCAUGUGUCGGAUAGCAGACGGCCUCCUGACUAUGGACGUAUUGCAUGGCCAGAGGACAUGUUCGGUAGUCUUGAGGUGGAUGGGAAUGGCCAGUUCGUUGACGGCAACGGCAACUAUCAGCCCAGUGGUACAUACCGGGUGAUGACUCGAGACGGAAUCUUCGGGUUGAGCCCUUUCCUCCGAGAGAAGUUGGUUAAGAGACUACAAGAGCUGGAGACCAAACAAUCUUCUUAA